AUGCUCAUUGUUAAGCUUCACGUGAAGAACGGUCAGUUGGGCAGUGGGGCCACUGCUGUAGUACAAGCAGCUCUCUGCAAACCCAAGAAGGAGAGGGUGGCAAUAAAGAGAAUCAAUCUGGAGAAAUGCAACACAAGUAUGGACGAGCUCCUGAAAGAGAUUCAAGCCAUGAGUCAGUGCAAUCACCCCAAUGUCGUGACCUAUUUCACCUCAUUUGUUGUGAAGGAUGAACUCUGGUUGGUCAUGAAGCUGCUGAGCGGAGGCUCUAUGUUGGAUAUAAUCAGGAGGACAAUCAGCAACAAUGAACACAAGAAUGGCGUGCUAGAUGAGCCAGUAAUAGCAACAGUGUUAAAAGAAGUGUUGGAGGGCUUGGAUUAUCUGCAUAGGAAUGGACAAAUUCACAGGGACGCCCUGGCUGAUCAAUAUAACCAGGAACCCCUCUUCCGUGGCUACGUCCGCGCCUUGCUGUCCCAGGAGAAAAAGCACGGGGUGGGCACGGGCACUCGAUGCCUUUUGGGAAAGGAACAAUCAGAAAGUCCAUCUCAUCUAAGUAAUGAGGAUAGUUCUGUCCACCUAGUCCUGCGACUACGGAAUUUACGAAGGGAGUUGAACGAUAUCAGAUUUGAAUUCACUCCAGGAAGGGACUCUGCGGUUGGUGUUUCUCAGGAGCUCGUCUCUGCUGGUUUAGUAGACGAGUUUGACAUGAUGGUUGUAGCCAACAACCUGCAGAGACUAAUAGAUGAUCCUCAUUCAAACAGGACCCUCACAUUCAGACUGGUCUCUGGCUGUGAGGGCUACAGCCCAGAUGAAACCAAACUCAUUGGAUUUGCACAGCUCAGCGUAAGAUGAUGAUUCUCCUCAGCAACUGGUACCAAAGAAUUCUGGGACGCCUCUCGAUCAACACAACCUGAACCUCCUUUGCCCCUCCCCGAGAGCACUUUAUACAUGCUGUUCAAUUAUCAUGCUUCUAGUCCCCUGCAUCUUAUCAAUACUGUAGUAGUAAUAGUUAAAUAUUCAAAUGAU